AUGGGAUUUUGCAUCUGUCCGUUGGAGUCACCCGCGAGAUUACUAUGGAGUGAAAUUUCCCCUGUGCAUCUGCUUGAGAAAAGCUUCGAGACAGAGAACAAGCUUGAGCCAGAGCGCAAGACACAGCUAGCUAAGAAGCUUGGUCUACAACCAAGACAAGUAGCUGUCUGGUUUCAAAACCGAAGAGCUCGUUGGAAGACAAAACAGCUCGAAAGAGACUACGAUCUUCUCAAGUCCACUUACGACCAACUACUCUCUAAUUACGACUCCAUCCUCAAGGACAACGCUAACCUCAGAUCCGAGGUUACUUCGCUGACCGAGAAGCUCCAAGCCAAAGAAGAAGAGACAGCUAAUGAACCACCGGCUCAAGUACCCCAACCCAAUCAACAACUCGAUCCGGUUAACGUAAACCGGUUCGAACCAACAAUCAAAACCGAAGACCGGUUAAGUUCAGGGAGUGUUGGGAGUGCGGUACUAGACGAAGACGCACCUCAGCUUUUAGACAGCUGCGACUCUUACUUCCCAAGCAUCGUACCGAUCCACUCGGAAGAAGAUAACAACAACAACAACGGUAGUGAUAAUGACCGGAGCUGUUUCGCCGAUGUCUUUGUGCCCACCACUUCGCCGUCGCACGAUCACGGUGAAUCGUUGGGACUAUGGGGCUGGACUUGA